CCGCGAUCCCUCGCUAUCACUUAUGCAUCCGCCCGGCGGUAAGCACCCAACAAAGUCCACUCCCUGAAACAGUGCAAACGAACAGACUUUCUCAACCGGAAUUUCUCAGUACGCACGGGAAUCACUCCUUACUUCCACAAAGAAUACGCAUCAUGGCUCAUGAUGAUUUUCAUCUUGCCCGCGAGGUCGUUGAGUUGUCCGAUGAUGAGGAUGAGUUUGGGUACUCCGACGCGCAAUUUCAACAAGCGCUUGAUGGCAUCUCCGAUACAUACGACGAAACUUUCGACGAUAUCAACGCUCAAUCCAACACGUACUACAGCGCCAAUGAUCGCGAGAUCAUCGACUUGACGGCCAUUCCAGACAUCGAUGUACCGCCAUCUGAUGCCGGAAUUCCCGUAACAGACGAUGAACCCGCCGCUUCUAUAGAUUCAGACUGGGGCGGCGAUACCGACCUGAUCACCGACGCAGCGUGUAUGCAGAUGGUCCUGAAUGUUUUUCCAGACAUCGCUGCAGACCACGUUUUGGACUUGAUCAAGGAGAAGACCACAGAUGCGACGCGGACCAUGGCACAAUGCGAGAGGAUCAUCACUGAGCUCCUUGACGCAGAGACGUAUCCGAAAGAGUCCGAUGAAGUCAGCAAGAAUCUCAAAAGGAAGAGAGAGCCUAGUGACGAGCUGAGUGAAUACGAGAAGGGUCAGCGGGAUCCUAAGAUUCCCCAGUAUGAGCAAGAUGCGGUGGAUUUGCUCAAAGACGAGUUUCUUGAUAUUCCAGUUCGAUACAUCACAAACGUGUUGAAGAAACAGAAGACGCUGUUCAAAAGUUACGAGAUUCUAGAGGAGCAGUUGCAGAAUCAUCGCAAGAUUCAUUUGUCAUUCUCGAAAAUCGGCAAGAAGCGCAUCAAACGCGGUGUGGAACAGAUCUUGGUUGAGCGUGGGAGUCAGCUUCCAAAGGAACUUCACGCCGCGAAGAAGAAGAACAAGGACGAGACUGCCAAGCGCACUGAAGCCGAAAAAGCGGAGCAAGCGGAGAAAGACAACCUACAGCAAGCAGAGAUGAACAACGAGAUGGGCGAAUGUCAGUGCUGCUUCGGCGACUUCCCCCUGAACCGAAUGAUAUGCUGCAACGGUGAUAAUGUUCAUUUCUUCUGCAUGGACUGUCCCAAGCAGUACAUCGAAACUGAGAUGGGAAUGUCUCACUGCAGGCCAGUCUGUUUUGCAACCGACAAGUGCAAGGGCACUUUUAGACGUCAUCAGUUUCAACAGGUCUUGAGCGAGAAGACGUUCGAGCGGUUGGAGCAUAUGCAGCAGCAGCAAGACCUAGCUGCCGCCGGACUCAGUUUUCUUUCGGAAUGCCCCUUUUGCGACUUCAAGAUGGAGUGCUUGCCACCGGAAGUUGACAAAGAGUUUCGUUGCCAGAACCAGAAGUGCGGCAAGACCAGCUGCAGACUGUGUCAGAAGGAGACACAUAUCCCACUCAGCUGUGAAGAAGUCAAGAAGGACGGGCAAAUCACAUUGCGGCAUAUCGUCGAAGAGGCGAUGUCUGCGGCGCUGAUUCGACACUGCAACAAGUGCAAGCAUCCGUUUGUGAAGGAUCUUGGCUGCAACAAGAUGACAUGCUCGCAUUGUAGGAACGUGCAGUGUUACGUCUGCUCGACGAACGUAAAAAACUACAACCAUUUUGGCGACGUAGCAGCAGGGCUCUGUCCACUUCAUGAUAACAUCGAAGACCGCCACGAGCAAGAAGUCAAGAAAGCAGCCGACGCAGCCAUGGCCAAAGUCCAAGCCGAGAACCCACAGCUUUCUGAAGCCGACUUGAUGAUCCAGGUAUCCGACCGUGUCAAGCUUGCAGAAGAUGAGCGCAAGACCCGAGCCGCAGCUCAAAACAAUGCCUUUCCGUAUCACAUGCUUGACGGGCAGAUUGCGCAUCGAGGUGCCGCAGCAGGACACCUACUUCGAGUUCCACCACCAGUGUACGUAGCCCCCUACCAGCUUCCCUUCGCAGUUGUUCCUGCGCUGCCCUUCAACAACAACCCCUUCUUGCCAGCAGCUCCUCAACCUCCCUUUGUACUGCCGCAGAAUCAGCAUAACCAGUACUGGCUUGCUCCCCGGCAGCAACAACAACAACAACAACAGCAACCGCAGCCUUACCAGUAUGUACACAACUGUCCGCACUGGCCGCUGUGUCCACACCACCACCACCAUCAUCACAACCAGAAUCACAACCACCAUCCGCACCCCUACUAACUCACCACACCCCCUCCAGACCCCGCGUGGGCGCAUUCUUCGACCCCCUCGCCGCCCUUGCACCCGCCCAAAAUCUCCACGAAGACGUCCACCAACGAAUCCAACGAGCC